AUGAGUGAAAUGGAGUCUAAUAAGACUUGUGUGGAAAAUGAUUGUAACCAUUCCAUGAAACGUAAAAAAGGUGUGCGAAAUGUGGAAGAAUACAAAUGUCAAAGAAUUAAACGAGCUCGUCUGCAAGGAAAGGAGUAUGCAAACUACAGAGGGAAUGUUGUGAAAACUAAAAGUACUACCGAGUCGUGCAGAUGUGCAAGAAAAUGCUAUGACAAGAUUGACAUUGCACAGAGAGGGAAAUUACUUGAUGCUAUACAUUCCUUUUCAUGCAAGAAUGAGCAAGACAUCUAUCUUCAAGGUUUGCUUGACGCUGUGCCAAUUAAACAUCGCCGACCAAGGAAUGGUGACAAGUCUGGAAAAAGGUCAUCCUCCUUCACUUUCCAUGUAGUUAUUCAAGAACGAAGAGUGAAAGUGUGCAAGAAAGCAUUCAUUCAGUUAUAUGGAGUAUCUGCCAAGAGGGUAAGGAGACUGCAAACAUUGUUACUAUGUGGACAAACUCCAAAAGACAUGCGAGGCCAACAAAACAAUAGGAAGUCGGUGCCUGUUGGUGAUGUUCAGGCCAUCAAAGACCACAUAUCUUCAUUUCCUGUCAAGAUAAGCCACCAUGCAUCCAAAGAAUAUAAAUAUCUUGAUGCGCAGUUGGAUAUAAAGAAGAUGCAUACACUGUUCAAAGAGAAUUUUCCUGAUUGUAAAGUUAAGUAUUCUUUCUAUUACAAGAUUUUCAGGGAAAAUUUCAAUCUCCACUUUGGGAGACCACAGAUAGACACCUGUGGAGAAUGUGAACAACUGAAGGUCAAGAUAAAAAAUCCUAAUCUUAAUGAAUGUGCUAAGCGAGUUGCCAUGGCCGAGCUGGCCAUUCAUGAAAGAAGGAGUAACAAGUUUUACACAAGCAUGAAAGACACGAAACACAUUUGCAAAAACAAUGAUAGUGUGUUAGGGUUAACGUUUGAUUAUAUGCAGAACAUUUCACUGCCCUGCAUUCCAGUACAAGAGCUUUUUUACUAUCGCCAGCUUUCGGUGUUUCCCUUUGCCAUACAUAACCUGAAAACAGAUGAGGCGAGUUUAUUUUUAUAUCACGAAGGGCAGGCAAAUAAAGGGCCAAAUGAAACAUGCUCUUUUCUCCACAAAUACAUAAGUGACAACGUACCUCCAUGUGUUAAAGAACUGCACCUUUACAGUGAACACAGAGACUUCUACGAUGAGAUUAUCCAGUGGCCUACCAAGCAAACAGACUGA